UUACUUGUUGUAUUAAUUUUGUGGGCAUGUUUACGAUUCUACUCUCUCAAAAGAUACGAUAUAUUGGAGAAUACGGUGUCUCGAGAUAGGAAUCUGGUACAAAAAUGGCCAUUCGAUUUAAAGAAAGUGAAUGGAGUGUAUGAACUGCACCUAAAUUAUCAAACCGAAUUGAAGAAUUUCUCAGAGUUCAAUAUACUUGAUCAAUAUGUUCUUCAGGAUGGAGCUAAGAAUAGACUGCUCAAAUUUAGGGAUUUAAUAGAUAUCCCAGAUAAACUCUGGAAGCUACCUAUUGAUCCUCGAGUCACCUUACUCUAUCCACAAGCCAUCAAUAUUUCUGAUGCAAUCAAUCGACUUAUUGACAGAAAACCAUUGAAUGAAAAACCAAUAAAUAUCCCCAAAUUUCGAUAUCUUUCCAUCAGCAGCCAGGUAUGCAAUCCAGAGAAUCCCAGUAGUCAAGAACUGAAUCUUAUUAUUGUUGUAAAAUCUGGAGUAGCCAAUUUCGGCAAGAGAAGGGAAUUUCGACGUCUUCAUUCCUAUCUCAUCCGUUAUCCCACUUACAGAUUCUCUGGUGUUCGAAUUGGUCUUGUUUUCUCUCUUGGUAUUCCAAGACAGCAAAAGGAUAAUAUUUUUAUGCGAGGAAAUCGAGUUAUUCGACUUGACGUUAGUGGUGGAGAAUAUCUGAAUCCCGAUGGACUUAAAGAAAUAGCUAAAAAUCUGGAACAAGAAAUGGAAACACAUUCGGAUAUUAUUCUUGGUGACUAUGAAGAUACUUACUUCAAUCUCUCCCUGAAAUCCCAAUAUGUCUUUACUUGGGCUGCAACAUUUCGUCGAAAAAGUCGACCGAUCUUUGUCUUUCUAGACGAUGAUGUACCGUUCUGUGAAAGAUGUUUACUACAUGGCCUUCUGAAUCUUAGCCCCAUGGAAAAGCAGGACCUUUUCCACGGUAUUCCUAUUCAUGGAAGCCCAGUAUGUCGUUUCGAGGGAAGAGGGGUGGAUAAGUGGAGUGUAAUCAAAUCAGAAGUACCCUGGCCCAAAUAUCCACCUUUUCUGCUUGGCUGUUUUCAGUUAAUUAGUUUUGACAACAUUGAAAAGAUUGCUUUAGGCAUGUUGUUCACCCAAUCCUUUCCCAAUGACGACGCAUGGUUAAGUACAAUUGCAUAUCGAAUGGGAAUUGAGCUGAAAUCGGUAAAAAAGAUAAUGCAGAAAUAUAAAAUUCCUUCCCGAAAGUCUGUUAACUUAAAAAUCGUACAUGGGAUAUGUUUCAACAUUUUUAAACACUAA